AUGACUAUAUAUAUCUGCAAAAGUCUCAUCUCACUCUCUCUCUCAAGAACUCUUCACAUCUCAACAAAACUCCAAUCUCUCUUCUCUUUAUCCUAUUCUUCUCUUCCACUCCAAAAACCCUCCAUUGCGGUGGCCGAUUACUUGAUUGAUAGACACAAAUUUUCUCCUGAAACUGCUUCGAAAGUCUCUUCUGUCGUAAAGUAUGUGAAAAGGCCUGAAGAGACCGAUUCGAUUCUCUCAUUUCUCCAGGAAAGUGGUUUUUCCGAUACCCAUCUCGAGCUUCUCAUCAAACGCAUGCCUAGACUUCUCUCUGCAAAUCUUGAGCGGACCAUCAAACCGAAAAUCAAGUUAUUUCAAGACUUGGGCUUUUCUUGUUGCGAAUUUGUGAAAAUUGUUUCAUCUAACCCACGGAUUAUAACUGGUAGAGUUGAUAAUAAACUUGGCCCGUCGAUUUUAGCAUUGAAGAGUGUUUUGGGUUGGAAUAUGGAUGAUGUGUCUAGGGUUUUAAAGAAAUAUGGGAGGAUUUUGAUCUAUGAUUUGUCGAAAACUAUGAUACCCAAUAUUGAAUUUUUGAAGAGUUGUGGUAUUAGUCCGUCGCAAAUAGCUCAAUGUGUCUAUAUUUUCCCAAUAUUUUUCAUUCAUAAACCGACCAGAUUUAGAGAAUGGGUUAAGCGGGUUGAUGAGAUGGGCAUUGACAGGAAGUCUAAGAUGUUUCUUUAUGCGAUUCGGGCUAUUGGUUCGAUGACUAAAGAGAAUUGGGAGUUGAAAUUGGAGUUCUUCAAGAGUUUGGGAUUUUCAGAAGAUGACAUUUUGUCAGUUUUUAGGAAACAGCCUCAUGUGUUUGCUGUGUCAGAGAGGAAAAUUGAGGCCGUAACACAGCUUUUCCUCAGCACAGGCAAAUGUGAUAUCUCAUAUGUUGUUAAUAACCCAGACUUACUUGCUCGCAGUAUUGAGAGUAAGCUUAAGCCACGGUUAAGAGUUCUGGAUGUUUUGGAAAGCAGGAAUUUGCUUCCUAAAAAGCCUAGUUUGGCGUAUGCAUGCAAGAUCACUGAUAAAAAGUUCUAUGAGAAAUAUGUACUCCCUUAUUCAAAUGAAGUUGGCGAAUUAUUUGUGGUUAAGAAGGCCUCAUAG